AUGAAGGUCUCUGCAGUGUCCCUCUCCAUCGUCUUCAUCGCUGCCCUCCUCCCUCAGGCCUCUCCUGCACCAAUUGGGGCUGACACAACUGUGUGCUGCUUCAGCUACACCUUACGAAAGCUGCCCCAGAGUCAUGUGAAGGAUUAUUUCUACACCAGCAGCAAAUGUUCCCAGCCAGCAGUUGUGUUCAUCACCAGGAAGGACCGGGAGGUCUGUGCUAACCCUGAUGCCAAGUGGGUGAAGGAUUAUGUGAACACCCUGGAGCUGCAGUGA